GUCCUAUCACACCUGUCCUACCUGCAGCUGCUACAUCCCUAGCACACUGCACUCACCUCUACCUGCAGGGCAUCGGUGUCACAAGGCUUCCCUGGAUAGAAGGAACAUUGGUACAGAGGCACUGAGAAGAGCUCAUGUAACCUUGGAGGAGCUGAAAGAAAACCAGGAGGACACCUUCCGUCGUCUCUUUGAAUCUGGACCUUCUGAAUGAUGUUUGCAACAAGAAGACAAGAUAUCCCUCCACCAUUUAAUCGGGACUUGAUGAAUACCCCAACGUCUUUCCAGACUCCGACUAUCGUAUUACCCUCUACUUCAUCACCUUUUCCCACAACCCCCCUUUCCACAUCCCGCUCUAUGCCACCUAUUUGCCCAUUGCCCUCUGCCCAUUCUCCUGCUUCCAAACCUCCCACAACCUCCCUGGAAAUCACUGGCUGCUCCCUGAAGUGCCUGAUCAAUGACCGAGACCUGAACCUAUUGGAGCGUCUGGGGGGCGGUUGCUUUGGGGUGGUCAAGAGAGGGGAAUGGAGGAUUUCCAAAGGAAGAACAGUGGGUGUUGCUGUGAAAAUCCUCCAUGCAAACGCCAACUGUGACCCUGAAGCCCUUCAGGAUUUUCUGCGGGAAGUGAAUGCCAUGUACGCCUUGGAACACCCACAUCUCAUCCGACUCUAUGGAGUGGAUCUUACACAACCAAUGAAAAUGGUCACAGAGUUGGCCCCGCUCGGAUCCUUACUCGAUCACCUGCACUCUUUUGAUGGCGUGUAUUCUCUGCAGCUCUUGUGGUUAUAUUCCAACCAAAUUGCCUCUGGGAUGAGCUACCUUGAGGCAUGCAAGUUCAUCCACAGGGAUCUGGCAACUCGGAAUGUAUUGGUGGUCAGUGAAAAGACGGUAAAGAUCGGGGAUUUUGGAUUGACGAGGAUCUUGGCGACAAAUGCUGAUCAUUACACCAUGUCUCCUCACCGAAAGAUACCCUUCGCAUGGUGUGCUCCGGAGAGCUUGAAGUUUGGCAAGUUUUCACACUCAAGCGAUGUCUGGAUGUUCGGGGUCACCAUGUGGGAGAUGUUCACCUAUGGACAAGACCCUUGGCUUGGCCUAAAUGGGAAACAGAUUUUAGCUGCAAUUGAAAGAGAUUCUGAGCGGCUGGAGUGCCCCGAAGAUUGUUCUCCUGAUUUGUACAAUGUGAUGAUGAAAUGUUGGGCAUACAUACCGAAAGAGAGACCAAAUUUUACCUCUAUCAUCAGCCUUCUGCAAGAGGCGAAACCUCUUGAGGUGCGACUUCUGGAGGAAGUUAACAAUUCCUCCUCUCUGCCCCUGGAUCCCGGGGAUGUCGUCACUAUCAUUGAAGUUGGGUUUGACUCUAAGCUCUGGAGGGGACAGAAUAAGAGGACUCUUCAAAUUGGACUUUUUCCCGCCAGUGUCAUCUGUUCGGAGGACUUUAACAAUGCCUGUAACUCUUUGCACUCGCCCAAGAGUCUGGAGAAGCUUUCUCUUAGGAAUGAAGACUCACAGAAAGACAUGAGAGCCAAGGCAAAGGAAGAUCGAAGAAGAUGUGGUCCUAGAGGUGUAAUGCUGCGUCGAUGUAUAUCUAGAAGUCUGGAGAACAUUCAUGACUGUAAGGCAAAGGACAAGCUUCAUAGCCAGCCCCCGCCUAAGCCCUGUAGACCAGAUAUGAAUUGUAUUGCACCUGCACCCCGUGUACUAUCUGCAAGAAGACUGAGUGACCAGCCCCCACAGAAUUUGGUGGAAAAUCUAAUGCCUCCUAAAACAACAUCCUCCAAGGAUAGGUUUCUGGCUGUGCCCACCAUGCAUUGCCCCAAUCAGUUCUUGAACUCCAAUAAGAAAAACAAGUUUCCGUCUAACCCAAAUUUGGAUCCAGGAGAGGCCCCGAUUGUCACUAAAGUGACACAAGAAUGUAAAUCUCGAAGAUGCAGCAGCAAAAUGACUCACAGCGAACUGCUGAGAAAGAUCAAAGAGGUGGAAGAUCAGAUCCAUGGCGUCACACCAGGGAAGUGCCAUGAAGCCCUGCGAUUCUUUGGAGGGGAGGUGACGCGAGCCGUCAAGCACUUAAAGGUGGUUCAUCUGUACAACAUGAGCCAGUACAGUAAGGAGGAGUGUCGCCGAAUCCUAGAGAACUUCAACUGGAACCUGGAAGCGGCUUCAAGCUACGUCCUGCGACAUAGGAACCCUCGAUAAUGGGACUGAAUGAAGGUUCUUCCCUUUAUGCAGAACUAUUCCGAAUUCCUGAAGACCUAGAAAGGUGUCGAAGGUCAGGUCUCUAGGUACCGGGAUUUACCAUCACAGCUCUGACUCUACACACAAAGAAAGCUUCUGGAUGCAUUGGUUGACUUUUUUUUCCGAAUUCUGAUCUUGGCAUGUUUUCAGCAUCCCAUCUGCCAUUUUAUUCACUCCUAACAUCCCAGCACAUUCGGAUGCCGGUAAUGAAGGAAUUUCAUUGAAGGAAUUUCACUGAAGGAAUUGCUUUGGCUGAAGAGUAAAAUUGGGCAGCACCAUGCGAAAUGUUUUGUCUCAGCUUCAUCUGAAAGACGUAUCCAAUUCGAGAGGAACCAGACUGUGCUUUCAGGCGUUCAACUUGGAAAUGGCAUGUUCUACAUUUCAGAAUGGUGUCACAUUUAUCGGUGGUGCUCUUGUGUUAGGACAUCACGGAGGAAUCAUCGAUGGUCAGCUUCCACUGAGGGUUUUCCUGUUAUAGAUUGCUUUAUUGCUCAUAGAUCAACUGGCACUGCCAUGUUGGGAUUGGUGUAACACUACGCCUGUGGUUAGAUUAACACUACAUACCAUAUUGGGGUUGGUGUAACACUGUGCACCAUAUUGGGGUUGGUGCAACACUCUGUGCCGCUGUGUGGUUGGUGUGACACUGUGCCCCAGCUUAAGGUUGGUGUAACACUGUGCACCAUCUUGUGGUUAGUUAAACACUGGGUGCCAUCUUGUGGUUGGUGAAACACUGGGUGCCAUCUUGUGGUUAGUUAAACACUGGGUGCCAUCUUGUGGUUGGUGAAACACUGGGUGCCAUCUUGUGGUUGGCGUAACACUUAGCGCCAUCUUGAGGUUGGUGUUUUCCAAGUAGAGGAGUAACACCAACCAUUACAGAGUAAGAUCAACGUGUGACACAUUGAAUGUUACAUAGUUACAUUGUUACAUAGUAUAGUUACAUUGUUACAUAGUAUAGUUACAUAGUUACAUAGUA